AUGGGAUCUAGAGAAACAGCAUGUUAUGCAACAUGUUCAAUUUCAUAUGAAAGUAAAGUUAAUAAUACAAUAAAAGUACAUGUUCCACAUAUGGUGAGAAAAAUAAAAGCUAAAACUAAUAUAACACUAAGGAAAUUACCGGAAAAAUAUGGAUUGAGACAAAGAUUAAUGUUAAUUAAGAAGGAAUUACCAGAACUUCCUAUAGAACCGUAUCAACGUGCAAUGACUUUUGCAAUUGAACAAUGCUUACUUCCUACCUUAUGGCAUUUAGAAUUAGUACAUUGUAUGUACAUGUCUAUAGCACCAUUUCUCAGAGGAUUAAUUAUGAGUUAUACUUUGCAAGAUAUAAUAGGAUCUGCAAUGGUAACUAUGAGUUAUAAAGAUGAAGUUUUUGCAAUUGAAAAUUGUCUCAAUUCUGUCUCUAUGAUAAGUGAUGAUAUAAUAUCAGCUCAUUAUAAACAAAUUUGUCAAAAUACUGCAUCUUGUUUAUCAACUCAUCCCUUAUCUAAUGGCCCUUAUUCUCGUUUUAAAGAAGAAUUUUUAGCUAGGAUAGAUCAAGCUUAUUCUGUACUCCCAUCUUCUAUAGGGGGUGUGAAUUCUAAGACUUUGGCUAGAUUAUUACUUUUAAUAUCCUUAAAUAGAAUGAGUUUUAAGAGUAAAACUAGGAAAGUAUACUAUCCUGAGAAAUUAUUUGUUUCUGUAAGAGCAAUGAAUACUGCAUUAGCUGUAAUCUCAACUAUACAAUCAUUGAUGAAACUUACAAGUAUUAUUGAUCAAGCAACUUAUAUUAUAGAUACAGUAAUUGUUUCUUUGUCAAAGGUUGAAAUCAAGGAAAUUUUCAUGACAUGUAGAAGAUAUUUAACUGCUCUAGAAAUUACAAAUCUUGAGAUGAAUACCAUGUUGAAUCAUAUGAUUUGUUUUGAGAUGCUUUCUGUAGGUUUUAUAUAUGAGAAUUCAGUCCCCCCAUUAACAGUUUCAAUAGAGCAUUUUAACAAAUCAAUAAUGCCUAUGAGAAUGCUUUCUGAAUUUUAUCCAGACUUGAUUCCUUCAUAUAUACCAGGUAAAUUAAGUGAGAAUGAAGAUAUAUGGUUAAUAUCUACUAUAGGUUUUACAAAUAUUGAAGUAACUUCUGUUCCUCAGGGUUUUAUUCCAGGUUUGAGGCCAACUAUGAGAAAUAGAUCAAGAUAUAGAGCAUAUUCUAGAAAAUCAAAGGAAGCAGUGAAAUAUGAUCCUAGUUAUUUAGAACCUAUCGAUACAAGGAAGAAAAGUACUGUUAGGAGUAUUGUGACUAAAGUAUUCUUAGAUAAGAUUCACAGAGCUGAAGACAGGUGGAGAACUAUUUUCAAAUCUAAGCGAGCUGGAAUUUCAAGUAUAAACAAAGGAAGUUCAGAUAGUGAAGAUGAAGUUAAUAGAAAAACUACUAUUUAUAAACAAAAUAAGAUUCUUGCCGGGUUUAUAGAUAAUGAGUCUUAA